GCCAGCAGGGGCGGGGCGGUGUAACGGUCGGCUGGUCAGGCUCCGUACCGUGAUGGGGCGCGGGGCGUACCCCCGUUAGGAGUCAUGCUCGGCAGGUCUGGGUCCCGGGCGCUGCCGUUGGGGGACUUCUACCGUUUCCAUCAGUCGAGCUUUGGCUUCCUGGGCUCGCAGGAGGGUUGCUUGUCCCCGGAGCCGGGCGGCAUGGGGCCGGGGGCCGGUGAGUGGCCGCCCAGCACAGCGGACCCGGAUGCACCUCAGAGCUGGCCUUCCUGCCUCUGCCAUGGCCUCAUCAGUUUCCUGGGGUUCUUGCUGCUGAUGAUCACCUUCCCCAUUUCUGGUUGGUUUGCCCUGAAGAUCGUGCCCACCUAUGAGCGCAUGAUCGUGUUUCGACGGGGCCGGAUCCGCACCCCUCAAGGACCCGGUAUGGUUCUGCUCCUGCCCUUCAUUGACUCCUUUCAGAGGGUGGAUCUGAGGACACGAGCCUUCAGUGUCCCUCCUCGCAAGUUGACCUCUAAGGCUGAGGUUGUGCUGUCUGUGGGGGCUGAUGUCUACUUCCGCAUCUGGGACCCGGUACUGUCGGUGAUGACAGUGAAGGACCUGAACACAGCCACAUGCAUGAUGGCCCAGAAUGCCAUGAUCAAGGCUCUGCUCAAGAGGCCUCUGUGGGAGAUCCUGAUGGAGGAGCUCAAGAUCAGCGACCAGCUCCUGCUGGAGAUCAACGAUGUGACCAGGGCCUGGGGGCUGGAGGUGGACCGCGUGGCUCUGGCAGUGGAGGUCGUGCUCCAGCUGCCCCAGGACAGUCCAGCUGGACUCAACCUGUACAGCACCCUGCAGCAGCUGGCCCUCCACUUCCUGGGAGGAGGCAUGUCUUCAGUGGCAGGAGGUGCCCCACUCCCCGAGCCAGCAGAUACCUUGGAUAUGGUGAACAAGGUUGAGCCAUCUGCCCCUCGUGGUGGGUCCAGCCCCAAGCAGCCUGUGGCCGAGGGGCUGCUGAUGGCUCUGAAGCCCUUCCUGUCUGAGGCCCUGGUCAGCCAGGUCGAGGCCUGCUACCAGUUCAAUGUCGUCCUGCCCAGUGGCGCACAAAGCAUCUACUUCUUGGACCUCACUAGAGGGCAAGGGAGGGUGGGACAUGGGGUGCCUGAUGCCAUGCCUGAUGUGGUGUUGGAGAUGGCUGAGGAGGACCUGCAGGCCCUGUUGUGCAGGGAGCUGCAGCCCCUGGAGGCCUACCUGAGCGGGCAGCUGAAGGUGAAGGGCGACCUGGUUGCGUUCAUGGAGCUGGACACUGUCUUCAGGGCCUUGAAGUAGCAGGUUUGGCUGACUGUCCAUAGCCCAGCCCCGAGCCUGGCACCAAGCCACGGGGGUAUCUUGGAGGAGGAGUCCUGAACCAUUGGGUUCAGGUUUCAGCCCCAGGGCCCCUUCCUGGAGGGCCAGAGCCCCAGGUUGCUGCCCCUGCUCUGUCCCUCUCUCCACUCCUGGAGGCCGCCCAGCCAGGGCUGCCUGUUCAAAAGCCUUCCCUCCAGUCCCCACCGGCCACAAUCCCGCUGCCUGUGAGCCCUGGUGGGGCAUGAUCUUCUCUGCCUGGCCUGGGCUCCCCCUCUACUUUGGCGCUGUCGUUGUGCCUAUUCCCCACUGGGUCUGUCACUGUUCUUGUGUAAGCGCCUGCCCUCCCUGCUGUCCCAUGAGCUUCAUGCCUGAGCCAUCCAUCGCUGUCCCCUCCAUUGCUACUGCACACAGUGCCCCAGGGGGAAGAGGGGAAACCCCAGGCGUCUUCCUCAUGAAAGCUUAAGGGAAACCAAAACUCAGAUUUUCUUUGUGGCCGUUGGAGGAUCAGCAUCACCGGGGAAACAAACUUUCCUAGAUGUCUGUGUGGGUGGAGAACAAAGCCUGCUGCCAGCGGUUAAUACCCUCCUGUCCAGGGCAACUCAUUUCUUGGUGAGGCCAGCACUCCAGGAAACGGAGCCCACAGGUUCAAGGCCUCUGAGUUUCAGAGGACCCAGCAGACUUUGUAGUCCCCAGUGGGGGAUGAGGGGCACCUAAUGGGGCCAGGGUGUGGGGAGGGAAGGAGAAGGGUGUCCAUCAAAGGAGGCUUCCUGAGGAGAUGAUGCCUGAGACUCACAGCUACAUGGAGAUGAGAGAAGAAAGGAAAUGGGGGAAAGACAUUCGGCAGAGGGGAAAGUCCCUGUGAGAGCACAGGAAGUUUUAAAUAAGUAUUUAAUUUUGAAUAGAGAAUUUUAAAAUGGCGUGCUAUGAAAAUUUUCCCUCACACUCCUGAUUCCAUCCAUAUAUUUUCAAACAGGUAUCCCAUGGUAUUAGUUUCUUGGUUAUUCUUCCAGAAGUUGAGGUUUAAAAAAAAUACAUUUACAAGAAAAUCCAAAUAUAUUAUUCUCUGGACGGGGGUUGGUUGGUUUUUGUUUUUUUUCAGAAAUGGCAGCAUAGCAAAUACAAUGUUGAUUUGUUCACUUAACCUUACAGUUGAGGAUCUUUCUGUAUUAGCACACCUAGACUUUCCCUAUUCAGUUUUGUAGUUACAUAGGAUUUCAUUGAAUAAAUGUAUCAUAGUUUA